AUGCGGUUAAUACUACCUCUGCUGUGCCUUCUGUCCACCGCCUAUGCGUCGAAAUUAGCCAUCUUUAUGUUGGAUCUCUCCAAUAGCCAGGUUAUAUUUAACAAACGGGUAGCAGAGACGCUUCUGCAAGGUAACCACUCGGUGACGUUAAUUAUGGUGCGACCGUUCGACAAGAAGAAGCCGAAGGUUGACAUUGAUCCCAGGAUUACAGUACACCGCGUGGACGCCAUUGUCGAUGGAAUGAGCAUAGAGGAAUGGGAGAAAGAACAAGCGCAAAUGAUCUACCAAGAUGUCCCGAUUUGGGACUCGAGAAUGCGGGACAUGAUGAAGAAGAUGACCAUGGUCAUGAGUGGAUAUUGUGAAAAACUUAUUGUCAACAAAGACUUCUUGAAAUGGAUGACCGAUGAGAAAUUCGACGUUGUCUACACACACAUGUACGAUUUCUGCGGAAUCGGUCUGAACCACGCUGUUGGGGCCAAAGCCUGGGUUUGGCUAAACUCUGGCCAACUUAUGGACUGGGUAGCCGACCGGAUGGGCGUUCCAAUCAUUCCUAGCUACGUUCCGCCUAUGAUGAUGGAGUCGCACUCGGCGAUGAACUUUGUCGAACGAACGAAGAGCUUCAUCGGCAUCUGGUUGUUCAGAACCAUUUUCCCGAGACUGGUACCAGCAUCCGAAACCGAAGUCUUCCGGAAGCAUAUCUCACCGGAUUUCCCGGACCUCUGGGAGUUGUCGAAGGAGUGUCCCUUGGUAAUGGUUAACUCAAAUGAACUCUACGAAAUGGCCCGCCCUACCCUUCACAAAAUCGUCAACAUUGGCGGUCUGGGGAUGCGAUUCGAGGAUGCGAAACCGUUGGAAAAGAACUUCCAAAUCAUCGUCGAUUCCGCGAAAAAGGGAGUUGUCGUUUUCACUUUUGGCUCGGUGACCAGGAUGGAGCUGAUGCCCGAGGACUGGAAGGCCUCAAUGAUGGCCGCAUUCUCCCAAUUCCCCGACUACCAAUUCAUUUUGCGGUACGAGGGAGAUGAUAUGGAGAAGUUCCGCCCGAAGAACGUUCACCUGCACAAGUGGCUGCCGCAGUCGGAUUUGUUGAAACACCCCAAGACUCGAGGCUUCAUCUCGCACGGAGGCUAUAACAGUGUGCAGGAAGCCCUCAACAGCGGCCAGCCAAUUAUGACGAUUCCACUUUUCGGAGAUCAACCGAAAAAUGCCAAGAUGGCCCAGCAGCUCGGGUUUGGCGUGAACGUCCGAAAAACCGGACUCUGCACCGAGACGGUCGUUGCCGCACUCAAGGAAUUGUUGGAGAAUCAAAAGUACAACAACGUGGCCAAGCGCAUCUCGGAGAUGGUCAAGAAGAAGCCGAUCAAGCCAGAGGAGCUCUUGCUCAAGUGGACCACGUUCCUCGCAGAAUUCAAGGAAUUCGAAAAUCUGGUGCCGUAUGGGACCAACUUGAACUGGUUCGUCUACCACUCGUUGGACGUCAUCUUGUUCCUGUCGACCGCGCUCUUCCUCGUGUUUUUCUUGCUCUACAAAUGUGUCCGCUGUACAACACGAAAAGUGAAGUCUUUGGUGUGCGGAAACGGCUGCUCGAAGACGACAGACAAGAAGAAAAAGAAUGAA